GUGGGUGUAAGUUAGCCGGAAAAGAAGUGUAUUCAGAUCAGGGCAUGUGUCGGUUCCAGGCGUCGAAGUUGUAGGAGCAUUCCUCCCUCGUACGCGGAACGCCAUCAUUCUUAUGAUAUAUCCCAACCCCACCAGAAUUAGUCGCCAUUGCUGGAUAGCAAAGUUCACAUACCGAUGAAGAAGUGAGUCAAAAUGUCGGCUUCUCAAACGCUAGGCGGGCCUUCGCGCUGUGGCUGGGUACUGGGUCCGUCUCUUGAUAAGAUCAUCAAGAACGUCGCCUGGAGGAAACACUCGCAGCUCGUCGCCGCCUGCAAGUCCGCUCUCGACAAGCUUGAUUCCGUUGAUGACGACCCUGUAGAUCCAGCUUCCUGCACCCCUCUCUAUGGCCUCUCUCCUUCCGAUGCUGAUUUCGUCUUGCAACCCCUCAUCAUGGCUCUCGACUCCGCAUCUCCCAAAGUUGUCGAACCCGCCCUAGAUUGCGCCUUCAGGUUAUUCUCCUUGGGCUUGAUCCGAUGCGAGAUCGACACCCCCAGCCCUAACCCAAGUCCUCCCUCCCUCAUUUUCCGCCUUAUAGAUUCCGUCUGCAAAUGCGGCGCUCUUGGGGACGAAGCAAUCGAGCUUGCCCUUCUCAGGGUCUUGCUCUCCGUCGUUCGAUCUCCCUACGUGCUUGUCAGAGGUGAUUGCCUUGUCCACGUUGUUAGGUCCUGUUACAAUGUCUAUCUCGGGGGCAUGAAUGGCACCAAUCAGAUUUGCGCCAAGUCCGUCCUUGCUCAGAUGAUGAUGAUUGUUUUCACCAGGGUGGAGGAGAACUCCAUGAUGGUGGAAUUCAAGACCGUCUCUGUGGCUGAACUCUUGGAGUUCACGGAUAGGAAUUUGAAUGAGGGCAGCUCUAUACAGUUCGCCCAGAACUUUCUCAAUGAGAUUGUGGAUGCCAAGUCCAAGGAAGGCCUUGCUGAAUCGAAAUUGUGUUUGCAGUUGGAGAAUGACAAGGGUGAAAAAAAGAAGGGUGAGCCCACUGAUGGGGAACUGAGUGAGGAAGCUGAUCUGAGUGGUUACAGUAAAAUUAGAGAGGACGGUUUCAUGCUCUUCAAGAAUUUAUGUAAGUUGUCUAUGAAGUUUUCAUCACAGGAGCAUGCGGAUGACAACAUUUUGUUAAGGGGGAAAGUGUUAUCGUUGGAGCUCCUAAAGGUUAUAAUGGAUAAUGCUGGUCCAAUUUGGCGCUCAAAUGAGAGGUUUCUCAAUGUUAUCAAGCAAUUUUUAUGCUUAUCAUUGUUGAAGAACAGUGCAUUAUCUGUGAUGACGAUCUUUCAACUUCUUUGUUCAAUAUUCAAGAACUUAUUAUCAAAAUAUAGAUCUGGGUUGAAAUCGGAAAUUGGAAUCUUUUUCCCCAUGCUCGUCUUACGUGUGCUGGAGAAUGUGCUUCAGCCUAGUUUCUUGCAGAAGAUGACUGUUUUGAGUUUGCUGGAGGAGGUAUCAAAGGACCCUCAGAUUAGCAUUGAUGUCUUUGUCAAUUAUGAUUGUGAUGUCGAUGCUCCCAACAUUUUUGAAAGGUAUUUUUUUUUAGUUGUGCUCUACUUUUUGCUAUGACUGUAAUUUAUGUCCUCUAGUAUGUGACUAG